CGCGGCUUAGCUAGCGACUUUCAUCACCAACUGCAAUGCUUCUGAGUGCCGCGAAGGGGGGCCGAUGUUGAACUUUGUCUCCCUUCCAGCUGUCAUUCCUUACGCCAAUUUCUCACGCUCGCUGACGAUUUAUUUAAUUCUUCUUACUCCUCCUCCACGGGGCUUUUAUUCUUGUCCCCUUUUCAUUUCCUACUCUUGACUUUUCAUCGCGCCGUCUGUUCCCUUGUCCGGAGACGUCCGCUUAGUUAGUCGCCUGUUCUCGCUUCAAUUUCCAACCCUGGAACGCUUCGGGUGCCUCGGCCGCCGAAGUUUGAGAUUUGAUUUCUCCCAAUGCAGGACGCCGUACGACUCGCGAAUAUGGACGACGGAGCCAAAGUGAUGGAUCAUUCGACGGCAAUUGGAAUGCGCCUGAGCCUUGGGGGUAACAAGACGCUGACGAUUGGCGAGAAGGACCUCGUUCUAUUCGAUCCGGAUGGCAGCAAACACAAAUCAUCCGGCGGCAAGCCAUCUGCCGGCAGGCAGCUCAUUGAUGAUCUCUGCUGCCUCAACUGCUUCCCGAGCCGGAGCUCAGAUGGCAAGGGGAAGCACACGAUUCCGCUAUACAACGUUCUAUGGGCUGAGGUGCGCGGUAAUGCUCUGGUUGUGGAAUAUGCCGCACCACGCAAGUCGUCGCUGAAGUUGCAGCAUUGGACAUUUACUAUCCCGAACCCUGAAGUUGAAGGCGAUGGCCCGUCGCCUGAGCUGUUUGUGUCAGCGCUCAUCUCGGCCGCGUAUGGCGACGCGAAGUCACGGAAGCGAGCAUAUGUGCUCAUCAACCCCAAUUCAGGCCCUGGAGGAGCUCUGAACAAAUGGAACAAGUUUGUCAAGCCGCUGUUCGAAGCUGCCAGGAUGGAGCUUGACGUGGUGACUUUGACGAGGGGCGGAGAGGCGACAGAGCUUUCGGAAAAGGCAAAUAUCGAAAAGUAUGACACUAUCAUGGCCUUGUCGGGUGAUGGAACGCCAUUCGAAAUCUUCAAUGGACUGGGCCGACGACCUGAUGCUGCCAAGGCGUUAGCCAAAAUUGCCGUGAGCCACAUUCCCUGCGGAUCUGGCAACGCAUUCUCGUUGAAUUGCAAUGGAAGCAAUGAUACUGGAAUAUCGGCUUUGUCGGUCAUCAAGGGCGUGGUUAUGCCUUUGGAUCUCGUGUCCAUCACACAGGGCGAAAAGCGCACCCUUUCAUUCCUGUCCCAGUCUCUAGGAAUCAUUGCUGAGAGCGAUCUGGCGACGGAAAAUCUGCGAUGGAUGGGCAGUAAGCGCUUCGAGGUUGGCCUGGUGACGCGCGUCUUGAAGAAGAAGUGCUACCCGUUCGACUUGUCGGUCAAGUUGGAAAUCGACGGCAAAGAGAUGAUCAAACAGCACUACAAGAAAUAUGCCGUUGAUCCUAGUCUCUUGAGCGUGGAUGCUGAAGCAGAGGCAGGCGCAGAGGGCUUGCCCGAACUCAAGUACGGCACUGUCCGAGAUGAGAUUCCUGCUGACUGGGAGACUGCUUCAUAUGAUAAUAUUGGAACAUUUUAUGUUGGAAACAUGGCUUACAUGUCGCCCGACGCCAACUUCUUCUCUGCUGCCGUGCCUACUGACGGGCUUCUGGACAUGGUCUUGAUCAGAGCGGAUAUCUCGCCAAUGGCCGUCACCCAAGCGUUGCUCGCCGUCGAGUCUGGCAAAUUCUUUGACAACCGCAAUGUAACCUACAAGAAAAUCUCGGCGUACCGCAUCACGCCGAGGGACCAAGACGACGGCUACAUCAGCAUCGACGGAGAGCGCAUCCCAUUCGAAGCGUUCCAGGCUGAGAUCCACCGAGGUCUCGGACGUGUCCUCUCGAAGAGGGGAGUGUAUGAGGCUGCAGGGCCUGCCGGAUGGGAGAAGGCGUAGGGAGCAUUCUGCCGGAUGGUUGGAUAAAGUGGGUUAUAUGCCUGUUUUUUUGUUGGAAAAAUACAUGACAGCGCAAAGAAGGGUUUUUGGACGAGGAUACACUCUUUGGCGAAAAUAAUUCAGCGAGAGAAAUUUGGGAUGUUGACAAGUAUUGUGCGAAUUUGAGAAAGCGGACAAGGCCAUUAAUGGAGAUGGAUGGGAAGGCCUCGGAUACCCUCAUUUUUUAUUUUUCUUACUUUUUUUUCCCCAUCUGCUGGAUGUGCAGGAAUGGAUAGUAUACCCGGUUUGGAGAGCAAGUGUGCUCUUAAACUAUAUAAAGUGGUACAAACAGUUUUGUUGUAAAGCGUCUUAGAAGCGGAUUCAAUACUAUGAUAUAAUUGAG